UGCACCGUGAAUGUUAAACAAUGGAAGAAGAAGAGUGUGAAAAAUUCAAAACAAACAAAAAAGAGAUUUAUUUAAGCAAGAGUAAUUGGUGGUUUUUAGUUUCUAGAAUGGAAGACGAUGAGCUAAAUUUGAUAAUAUUGAUGAACUGUGGUGCUUUCAUGAAGCAACAAGAAAAAUCGCAGGAAAAUGUGUCAUUGAGUGAGCCCUUAUCUCAAGGCAAGAAAUGAGAAGGGGAGGUUUGCCACCGAUUUCGAAAACUUGCGGAAUGAUCCAGCUCGUUUCGUGGAAAAUUUCCGCAUGCCGCCAUGUAUAUUUGAUGAGCUUUGGGAGAUGCUGGAGCCACAUCUGCUUCCAAAGCGAAAUGGCAGACCAAAGGAUUUCAUCCCAGCUAAAGCCAAGUUUGCAAUUGUACUAGAGUACCUGGCUUCUGGAGAUUUACAACGCCAUAUUGCCUCCUGCUACCGAAUUAGUAAGCAGCAUUUUGGAAGAAUCGUGUCCGACGUGUGUAAAGCAAUAUGCUGCGUAUUGAAAAAUUAAAUACCAGAGUGGACUGAACACACGUUGUUGGAAAUAUCUAAUAGCUUCCGAACGCAAUGGAAUUUUCCGAACUGCGUCGGAGCUAUCGAUGGAAAACACAUAUCUAUCAAAGCCCCACCAAAAUGUGGAAGCGUGUUUUAUAAUUACAAAGGAUUCCAUUCCAUUGUGUUAAUGGCUAUAUGUGAUGCCAAUUAUAAAUUCACAUACUUGGAUAUUGGCGCUUACGGAAGUGAAGGAGACUCCAAUAUUAUGAAGAAUUCAAGUUUCGGUAUCAGCAUUCUUAAUGAUAGCUGCCAAUUUCCAGCCGACGGCUUUAUCGAUGGCAAAAAAGUACCAUAUUUCAUUGUAGGAGAUGACGCAUUUCCACUGUGUAAACGUAUACUGAAGCCUUAUAAUAGCAAAAACCUUUCCAAAGAGGAAAAAAUUUUCAAUUAUCGUUUAAGUAGAGCAAGACGGUGUAUUGAAAACGCGUUUGGAAUUUUAAGUGCAAAAUGGCUUUGCCUGAGAAAGGUAUUAUUUUGUCAUCCGGAUCGUGCACAAUCGAUUGUUUCAGCAUGCUGCUUACUACAUAACUACCUGAUCAAUAAAUGUCGACCGGCUUAUAAUCCUCCUACCUUCUCUGGAUUCGAAGGCAUCGAUGGGGUAUGGGAAUCAGGAGAAUGGGAAACUCUACAACAAGAAGGCCCUUUAAAUGAAUUAGGUGCCUACCGGGGAAGAGCAUCAGAUUAUGGCAAAUAUGUACGAAAUGUCAUAAAAGAUUAUGUAAAUUCUACAUCUGGAUCUGUUCCAUGGCAAAAUAAUGCAACAUUUCUUUGAACUUUCCAUUAUUCAUGUUUAUUUAUAAAAAAAUAC